AUGCAACGACCAAUUCUCAACCCGGAAGAGCGACACGUGCUGGCCAGCCAACGAACACGUCUGUAUACCAGACCUUCCCCCGAUUAUCCCAAUGGCCGCGGUCUGUUUGCAGGUUUACUAACCCCGCCACGUCGAAAGCGUGUCUCAAAACCGGUUCAAAGUCUCAGGCCAGGUCUAACCCCCUGGAUGCACGACUGGGUAUCGGAUCUGAACGACCUGCUCCCAGCAGAAGGCUUCGACUUCGAUGAUGAGGACGUUCCCAAUGAUGGAUUCUCCCUUGGCGAACCCGAGGAAAGAUUCAACUACUGGGAGAAGCCCUGGGUCCAAGCCAAGGCAGACAAGAAAGCGGCAGACGCCAUCAAGAGAGGAGAAGCAGCCUUCAAGAGAAAGCACAGAAAGAGACCCAUCCCACUGACACGAGUUGGGCGAAAGAGAGCUUGGAAGAAGCGAGCAGAAGCAAAGCUGCAGAGAGAAAACGGGAAAUUCGUCAAGAAGGAGGAAAUAAUUAUCAUUGGCGAUGGCUGAAGAAAUCAAUGAGAUGACGAAGCGAAAUCAGUAGGUCAACAUACCCUCUUUCACUGAAAGGGGUUUCUGACCGUUUGACGACUAGUGAUCUCAAACUGGACGGACCGGAGCACAGGUCGAAAUGCCGAUGGCAGUGAUCAAUAAGUUGCGCUCAAAAUGCUCAAAUGACGAUACUCGGUGGGGUUUUUGAUGAGGGCCGGGCAAAUUGAAUAAGCGAGAUACAACUAAAAGUCACCAACUUUCAACCUUUAUAUCUUUGUUUCUAUAAUAGGCUUUUCUUUCAUUAAAGAUUCAAAUUACUCCUCUUUACAAAAUAGAUUGACCUGUAAUAGCUAGAAAGGGAUAUUCACUUAAAGUGUCGCGAUGCGAGAAAGUAACUAACUUGUAGAAUAUUAGCGCGAUUCUCUCACUAAAGGCCUUAGCGAGUGCCUGAGGUGCCGGCCCUCAUCAAAAACCCCACCGAGUACU